AUGGCCGAUGAACAUCAGGAAGGAACAUCCAUGAGGUUCCAUUCACGGAACCUCACCAUGGAUACGCUUGUGAUCAAGGGCCUGGUCUCCCCUCAAGGCACAGUCAGAGAGCAGAGGCCGCACCAUCAUAGCGGGGGAGCAGGAGCAGCUGGGACAGGGCCCUUCUGUGAACCUGCUGCAUCGCCAGGCUGUGUGAACGGACUCAGCUGCCAGAACUCACAGAACAUCAGUAUCAGCACCGAAACCUCACAGGAAAAACGUACAAACACCUCCCAGGGACUCCAGCUCCGGGACCCUCAGACUUCAACCACAGCACCAGCUCUUCCCCGGAUCUCCAGCUCCAUGACCCUCAGACUUAAAAAAACAGCAGCACCAGCUCAUCCCUGCACGAAACUCACACUAGACACCAGCUCCGGCUCCUCCGCAGGACCACCUCCUCCCCAGGUCUCCAGCUGCAGGGCCCUGAAACGAGAAUAUCAGCUCCUCCCUGGGUGUCAGGCUGCACGCCCCUCAAACUAGAACAUCAGCUUUGUCCCGGGUCUUCAGCUGCACGACCCUCAAACUAGAAAAACACCAGUUCCUCCCUGGGUCUCCAAGCUCCAUGACCCUC